CUCGGGGAAUGUACCUUGGCUGAAGUUUUGUGUUACACAUUCUUUCCAAUGGCUUUCUGUGAAAUGGAGGCUACAGUUUAUACUUCUGCAGUUAAGUAAUAUGAAUCCAUGAAAAAUACAACGAUUUGUGUUCAGCAAAACCUCUGCAUCUCAGCCUCAACAGAAAACUUCAACCACUGUAAUCAUUUUCUAGAAAAGACCACACAGCUGACUUGCAGAUCUCCUUUACCAAGUUCUAGCUGCCAUGUCCUAGCUAACAGAAGUGGAGCUCCUUUUCUUGACUGGUCCCUUGAACCCUAGUCCUUCUUUUUGUCCUCCUAGUGUCCCCCUUCUCCGCUAUUGAUGUGGUGAUUUCUGGUUGUAGCACCAGUGGCGUCCCUUCUGGCGUGAUGAGCAGCCCGCCUCAGCAGCAUCAUGGCAGCACAGGCUCAGAACGAGACCUUCAUUCUGUUGCCUCCUCUGUUAGCCUUCCUUCAGUUAGAAAAACUCCGAAGAAGCGCCGUCUGUCCCUCCACACACUCUUUGGGCGACGAUGCAGGCCUGACCGCGACCCCAAGCGCAAGUCGAGGACCCUGCCGCCUGGAUCAGGGAUGGAUGGCGUUAUCAGCCUUGAAAAUGUGCAGUCAGAGAUUAGCCAUGACAAAACUUCAACACAGACUCCAUUGGACAUAGCAUCAACUUCAUCAGUGACGGGGUCUUCGUCAGAGCUGCUCGAAUGCCCUCUGUGCCUCCUGCGGCAUGCUCGAGAGCGCUUCCCAGACAUCAUGACCUGUCACCACCGCUCCUGUGCAGAUUGCCUGCGACAGUAUCUCCGCAUCGAGAUCUCCGAGUCCCGCGUCAACAUCAGUUGCCCUGAGUGCUCAGAGCGCUUCAAUCCACAUGAUAUCCAAAUGAUCCUGGGAGACCGAGGCCUCAUGGAGAAGUAUGAGGAGUUCAUGCUGAGGAGGUGGCUGGUGGCUGAGCCUGACUGCCGCUGGUGCCCUGCCCCUGACUGCGGUUAUGCAGUAAUUGCAUUUGGCUGUGCCAGCUGCCCAAAGAUUACUUGUGGCCGUGAGGGGUGCGGGACAGAAUUCUGCUACCACUGCAAACAGCUGUGGCAUCCCAACCAGACAUGUGACACUGCACGUCAGCAAAGAGCCCAGAACCUCCGGCUGAGAAGUUUCAGGUCAUCGUCUCUCAGCUACAGCCAAGAGAGUGGGGCUGCUGGUGAUGACAUCAAACCAUGCCCUCGCUGCUCUGCCUACAUUGUCAAGAUGAAUGAUGGAAGCUGUAAUCACAUGACCUGCGCCGUCUGCGGCUGUGAGUUUUGUUGGCUCUGCAUGAAGGAGAUCUCUGACCUACACUAUUUAAGUCCAUCAGGCUGCACCUUCUGGGGGAAGAAGCCAUGGAGCAGGAAGAAGAAGAUUCUGUGGCAGCUUGGCACAUUGGUGGGUGCCCCCGUGGGUAUCGCGCUCAUUGCUGGCAUCGCCAUCCCGGCAAUGAUCAUUGGCAUCCCAGUCUAUGUGGGCAGAAAGAUACAUAAUCGCUAUGAAGGCAAGGACAUCUCCAAACACAAGAGGAACUUGGUAAUUGCUGGCGGUGUGACUCUGUCUGUGAUUGUAUCUCCUGUGGUUGCUGCAGUCACUGUCGGUAUUGGUGUUCCCAUCAUGCUUGCUUAUGUCUACGGAGUUGUCCCAAUAUCUCUGUGCCGGAGCGGAGGUUGUGGAGUGUCUGCUGGCAAUGGCAAAGGGGUGCGAAUUGAGUUUGAUGAUGAAAAUGACAACAUAGGUAGUGGGGCAGCAGCCACAGACACCACGUCGGUGGCAGAGACACGACUUAACAAUCCAAGCCUCGGAGAUGGAGCGAGUGUUGGGGGCCUGACUGGUUUGAGCCUCAGUGUCAGUGGGAGCCACAUGGAGCGCUGUGGUGUGAGCUCCACUCAGCGGGACAAUAUGAGUGAUAAUGCCAGCACAACAGCCCUCGCUGGGACCAGUAUCACUGGCAGCCUGUAUGGCAGCUGCUACAACCGGAUGGAAGUGCAGGCUGAUGUCCAGAAGGAGCGUUGCAGUCUAAGUGGGGAGUCGGCCACUGUCAGUCUGGGGACGAUUAGUGACAACGCGAGCACUAAAGCCAUGGCAGGCUCCAUCCUCAAUGCCUACAUGCCUUUAGAAAGAGACAACAGCCUGGAGGUGCAAGCAGACGUGGAGUCCAAACAGGACAAAGUGAGGCACGGCAGCGCCAGCAGCAGCCAGGAUGAAGCCAGUUGCAGCAGCAGCUCGGCCGGCGUGAAAGGAGCCAGUGGUGGCAUGUGCCCAUGCUCAUGUCCCUCUGCCUGCUGCUGUGGUCUGCACGGUAAUCACUGCUGUCCCUCAUCCCCUUGGUCUAAUGACCCUUCAACUUCAGGGGGAAAAAAAUGCAAAAGCAAGCUUUGGAAAAGUGCCAGCAUUGGCAAAGGAGAAACAAAAAUGAGUGACACACCACGAGAUAUGGACGCUCAGCUACAGGAGCAACGCAGCACUAACUCCUCUGAGUUUGAUUCUCCAUCCCUGAGCGGCAGCUUGCCCUCCGUGGCCGACUCGCACUGUAGCCACUUCUCAUCAGAGCUCAGCUGCUCAGACCCUGAAACCUCAAAACCAGUUCACACGACAUGCUCUCCGCUGAUGGACUCCCAUCCUCAUCAUCCCGCUGUCACACCCAUGCCAGAGGUGGAGCAUGACCGCUUAGAGCAAUUCUCACCUCAGAGUAGCCACGCAGCCUUUACGCACCGCCUGCUGUCUUCAUCCCCACCUGCUUCACCAAGAGAGGGAAGCAGUGGAACGUUUCUAUACAUCAGCGAGGAGAGCAUCGGUGAUGUCACAGAGCCAGAGAAGGACGUGACAGAGACCACCAGAAAUUCAUCUGCUGCACAGUCUGUUAACCAAACAAAGAAGCGCUGUAUACAAACAGACAUCUAAAGCAAUUCUUGUCCCUCUGCUGUCAUCACUGCAAUUUGCGAUAACCUUAUCACCUAAUCUCAACCUUGUCAUGCAGCAUGAGGCCACAGAUCUAUGUCAAAGUUAAGGCAUGAAUGUUAAGGUGGAAGUAACUGAGAGUUUGUGGAUAAAUAGGAGCACAGUUAAGUCAAAGAAUAUUAAGACCUCUGGUUUUGUGACAGAAAUGAGAUUUCAGUCAGUUGCUAAAGUGUCAACUACGGCAAGCCUGUGGCAAGUAGAGCUGAAUGUACAUGGAAAGGUAGAAAGCAGGUUUUCUGUGUGGUGAGAUGCUGCAGAUCUGUGAUAAUCUGUUAAGUCUAGAUAGUUCCCCUAGACAUGUUUGAUGUCCCCAGAUCAGAUCAGCUUUUCCUGUUUUCCUGAUGAUCAGCAGACCUGUUCAAGCUGCUUUAGAGAAAUUUAACCGAGCUGCUAUAAUAAAAACCUAAACCUAUGAACCUUCUAUACAUAAAAUCUGGUUUUCCUCUGGUUUUGCAUUAAUCAGAGAAGAUGAAGUCACUGUGGUCCACCACUGUGCCGGCAUUCUUUGACUUUUAAAGGUUUGUUGGAGUAUGAGAGGGACCAUUUCAAACUGUUUUAUUUUACAUAAUCAGACAUAAAAAAAAUUAUGUUUGCUUUUGUUUAAUAUGUGAGUCCUAUUUUUGUUUGCUUACUUUUAUUUUCCAUUUUGGGAAAGUUGGCUUGAAUAUUGAAGCCCCGUGUUGGGUCCAACCUUUUUAAUGAACUCAGAUGGGAACUGUGUUGACAAAUAUGUCAUCCUCGUUUAAAUGCUGUGGGUUUAAGCCAGCCACCUUCGUGAAGUAAUUCUUCACAAGUCCCCAUCGACACUGGUAAAUAAUGAGUGCAGAAGUCAUCACAGGUUUUAGUAUACAUUAGUCACCUCUUAUUUAAUCAUAGCUAGUGAAUUACAGAAAAAAGGGAAUUUAUAGUUCAUUAAAUUACAAGUACAAAAAAAGCAAAAGUCCACAAACUUCUUUUUUUAUUUAAUGUUAUUACUUUUAUCAUUAUUGCUGUUUUUUUCCCCUCAAAAUACAUGACUCGUCUAAUAAUUGGUUACUUAAAAUAUCCAACGGUAUUUUCAGUAAUGGGGGGGGAAAAGCUUUCAACUAACAAUACAACACAAGCAGAUGUGUGCUAUCAGGAGACAUCAGCUGUAGUUGAAAAUGUUUUUUGUGCAAUGAGAAGCUUCUUUUGUAUCUGAGCUCACUCGUUUUAUUCAAUGAUUAGUAGAGACCGUACAGUAUGUUAAAUCUUUGAUUCUCACCAGUUAUUUCCAAAUGUUUUUGAUUUAGAACUUUAUAUAUAUUUUAACUACAGGCUGUUUCUUAAUUUCUUGUAAAUGACUGAUGCAGAUAUUUUGUUUUUUGUUUUUUUUUUAUAUAAUUGAACCAACAGUGCCUUUUUGGGAAACUUCCUGUUUUGGGAAACUUCCUGUAUUGUUCUUUCUAUUCUUUUUAUUUCUUCAAUGUGUCUUUAUGUGAUGAAUAUAAAAAUCAUGAAAGAUUAAAAUAUAUUUGCCUCAGUAAAUAUCAAUCAAUACUUACCCCUCCAUUAGCCACAUUUGCAGGUUUAGCCUAUCAAAAAACUAUCAGGUCACUGCUGUUGACAGUUGACUGUUAGUUGAGCUGAAGACAUAUUUUAUUGUUCAAGAAAGUCACUGAAAAACAUUUAACUCGACCAAAUUAAACCAAAACUUUUAUGCUUUCAUAUUCUUUCCCUGAAGUAGCCAAAGUCUGUGGAGUUUUUUUUGCAGAAUAAUUGGAAAAUAUUGGCAAUAAAUCAAUUUUUAUCCAAAGUGGAGUUUCAGACACUAAAUUUAACUACAGAUUGCUGUGCUUUGACAUCAGCCAGCUGAGCUCCGCACGCUGUUUGAGAAAAGAGCUAGUCAUCACAAACUAUGGUGUCAAAACGGUUUUGUUGCACCUCAGAAACCUCCCGUUUAGGAUUUUCUCUGUUUUUUUUAUGCACCUACUAUUUAAAUCCCUUGUUAUUUAAAGAGUAGUGCCAGAUCUGUUUUCUAAUUUGAUCAAAAGAGGCAUAUGCUAUUUGAAAACAUAUAUUUCCUAAGUAUCUGCUUCAGAAUGUUCAUGUAAAUGCAUAUCCUUCUACAAAUAAAAAUACUUAAUCAAGCUUA